AUGCAAUCCAGCAUCCAACUCGCCUUCCUUUGUGCUCUCCUCGCCGUUGUUGUUCACUCCUCCUCAUCAUCAAAAGCACCGCCAGCGUGCACUGUUGAAGAGCACUCACAAACACCUUGCAUAUGUUGCAAAAAGGAUUGCUGGUACACAAUCGCGGCGGCAGCUACGCACGAACUUGGCCAUAUGCCUGGCGAGGCUGGAGAGCGUGAAGCUAUGGCAGCUUUGCGUUUGAUUCGCGCCUGUAUGAUCAGCGAAUGUUCCGGCCUCUGUAUGCCUCGUAUGCCGUUUCUGUAG